AUGAUGAGGACGUGUUUGUGGUCGAGUCUGUUCGUCCUAGCCAGCCUGCAGGCGGUCUCGGCUCAGAACUCGACAACCACUUGCAACAACAGCCCUUCGCUCUGCUCGAGACAGUACAACAAUGUCACCUACCUGGGAGCUCACGACAGCCCUUUCUUACGCAAUGACGAGACCGACUUCUCCACAUCGGGGAACCAAUUCUACAACACAACACAGCAGCUCGCUUCCGGCAUGAGGAUGGUCACCGGGCAGAUCCAAAAUCCCAGCAACUCCACUGCUCUUCACAUGUGCCAUACGAGCUGUGACCUGCUGGACGCCGGGACCCUCGAAUCAUGGUUGAGCGAGAUAAAGACAUGGAUGGAUGCCAACCCGAACGAUGUCGUCACCAUUCUGCUGGUGAAUGGACCUGGUGCAUCGGCAAGUGACCUCGCAUCUGCAUACACGUCCUCUGGCAUGUCCCAAUAUGCGUAUACCCCGGCUUCGACCAGCGCGACGAGCACAUGGCCGACACUCGAAUCAUUGAUCAGCAAUGGUACUCGAGCAGUGAACUUCGUAUCGACACUGGACGACAACACGGGCGCAACGUACCUCAUGAACGAGUUCGACUACAUGUUCGAGAACAGUUAUGAGAACUACAAUGCGAGCGACUUCUCCUGCGACGUCAACAGACCUUCCAACCUCGCCAACCAGACCUCCACGGCCAUCAGCAGCGGCUACAUGAGCCUGGUAAACCACUUCCUCUACGAGCAACAAGCCUUCGGCAUCUCCUCCCCCAACGAAGCCGCCAUCACAACAACCAACGCCCCCAGCGGCGGCGGCUCCGGCAACCUCGGCGACCACGCCCAGAAAUGCUCCGCACAGUACGGCAAAGCCCCAACGUUCCUCUUGGUCGACUUCUCCAACGUCGGCCCAGCCAUCGACACCGCCGACACCCUCAACGGCGUGUCGAAUCCCACGGGACGCACCAGCCUGCCGGACACGCCUCUGAGCGAAACUUCUGCUGCUACCAUUGCGCUUCCCCAGACCACGACGCUGUGCUUGGGCCUCGGCACGGCCUUGCUUGCGAUGGUGUUUUUGUGA